AUCGAGGUGCUGAGUUACCACAUUCUAGGGGAGGUGGAGUAGAUGGGGGGUGGGUCCUGUGAGGCAAAACGCCCCCAUGCUUAUCACUGGACAAGUGACGGGCCGAUAAGACGGGUUGAGCGCUAAAAAAACAAAAUAACAUAAUGGGUGCAGGUCAGAGAUAAGAAACCGUUUAGUAGUGUGUUGUGAGUUCACUGGGCCUAUGGUUGCUGUUACUUCCAGGUCAAUUGGUGCCAUUUUGAUUCUAGUUUUGUGGAGUAAAUUUGUUUAGCAAAUAAAAGGCAUUAUAAAAAACUUUAGCAUGAGCUCUAGAAGGAGACAAACACACUUGCACGGCUUAAUUUGACUUUCUGAACCAUAUGAUAUGCGAGACUGUUUCUCGGUUUUGUGCAGUGGAUGGUGAAAAAUCGGUCACCGAAUUUGAUGACCAGCUUUAACCCUAAUCAGAAGGGGAAAAGGUGUGCAUAAAUAAGAUUGCAGUAGUGCCAAGGUCAAGGCUAUUUGAUUAUUAGGUUAACAUCAUUAACAUAAUGACUAUGCACAUCAUUCAUUAUUUUUAUUGAUUAGGCAAAUAAUUAUCUGAGUAGCGGUGUGACGGAACAUACUGUCCCAGACCUACAGAUGCAUGCACGCAGGUUGUAAACAUCAAUGAGUUUGCUCAGUCCCCGCCCUUUAAAACACGCUUGAAGAAAGUUGUGAAAUUGACCAUGCUCCACCUCUAAGAAACUAGUGAAUUUGCAAAGGAAGUAAACAGCCUUCGAGAGACGCGUUCCCUCGCCUUAUCUCCAGCGAUGCACGCGCGCAACUGUGCAAGGCUAUCCACGCUAUCUCCGUCUCAAGCUGUCUUGAAGCACUAGCGAGAAAACAAACGCUUUGAGCAGGUUGUGCAGUAGUUAUGCGAAAGAACAGACUGCGCAGGUUACUUUCUAAAUAGAGAAAAUGUUACAUGAAAAACUUGCUUGGCUGGUGAUAUGCUCGGUAAUAUGUUGUGUCCUGGAGUCUUCGGUGCAAGGUGCGCACGAUCUGGAAACUAAAGUGUCUCUUCUGCUCCGUGAAGAGCCCGAAAACCCCAAAUGCUUUGCUGAGGACUGGCAAAACCUGACAUGCUUCUGGGAGGAGGACGAGAACACAGCAGGAUCACCUGACCAGUACACUUUCAACUACACAUACCUGAAUGAGAACAGCAACAGGUGUAAUGUGACCUCCCUGCCACUAGUGGGCGGGAAGCAGUUGUAUCUCUGCCGUCUGUCCCAGACCCAGUUCUUUGUCCCCCUGGACGUCCAAGUGCAGCGCAAUGGACUGCUCAUCCACAACCGCAGCCUCUUCAUGGAUCUCGUCUUCCUGCUGGACCCCCCAGCCAACCUGACAGUAAGCAGCACAGACCAGCAGGGUCAGCUGCGAGUGAGCUGGCGCCCCCCCCUCCUAAAAUACAUCAAAGGCAACAUGAUGUACGAGGUCAGCUACGCCCCAGUGGGCGGCCAUGUUGGACAGGUCCAGGUGGAGGAAGUGCUAGCCAGCUCAGAGCUGGUCCUGAGGGAUCUGCAGCCUGGGACCAGGUACCAGGUCGGCGUGCGGGUCAAACUGGAUGGUGUCAGCUACAGCGGCUACUGGAGUGCCUGGGCCGCGCCGGUGUUUAUGGAAACUCUCCCAGCAGUCCUGGAUCCUCUCAUUCUGUCCCUGAGCAUUAUCAUCUCAGUCAUCCUGACCCUGCUGUCUCUAACUGUGCUUCUGUACUAUCGCAGGUUUCUGUUAAAGAAGGUAUGGCCUGUCAUUCCCACCCCUGACAGCAAGUUCCAAGGCCUUUUCACAGAUUACGGUGGUGACUUUAAGGAAUGGCUGGGCAACAGCAACAGAGGCAUGUGGCUGUUGCCAGAUUUCUUCUACUCGGAUGAACUUCCCGCUCCAGUGGAGGUGCUCUCAGAGGUCAGCCUGGGUCCCCCCUUACCCACCUCCGCCCCGCACCCCAAGGCCUCUGCAGCCCUGGCCGAGGGUAGAGAUGAGGAAGGGGAAGAGGAGGAAGACAAGAGGCUGGCCUCGGAGAUUAUGGAGGAAGCCUGGAGGGAGUCCAAAAACGACCAGUGGCUGAUCGAGCAGCUACGGGCCUUCCACCAGCACCCGACAGCCCGCUCCCAGUCCUCCCUGCUGGAGUCUCAAGACACCUACGUCACCCUCAACACCCGCCACCCCAGCGGGAGCACCGACGAGCCCCUGGACGACAUCCUGGAGGAGACCCUGCCCCUGGAGGUCCUCUUCGCCUCCGGGAGAUCCGCCACAGAGUCGCGCUCCGACCUGGGCUCCUUACAGCAGAGCUCCGGGUUGGGGCGCCUCUCCUCCCAGUCCAGCUUCGAGUACCCCAACCACACCUGGCCGCCCAAGGGCCCGGGGUACACCUACAUGGGGGUGGCGGACUCCGGCAUCUCCAUGGACUACAGCCCCAUGAGCGCCAGUCGGAUAGACUUCCUGGGAAAGGGUCCGGUUUACACCAACGAGUACAAGAACCAGAUGCCAGCAGCACACAGGAGAGCCAUGGUGGCAGGACAGCCAAUCUACUGACUGGGGAAACUAACUUGCGCACUUAAGCACUUCAUGCCUACUGGCACAUACGGCGGACACGCUGGCGGUCAAAGGCCUGUUUGGCAGCCGGGCCUCUUCACUGGAGCCAAGCCUGACUAGAGAUGGCGUCGAGGGGCACUAUGGCUUGAGGAGCCAUGGUGCAGUUGCUAGCUGGCACACCAGAGGAGACAGUGUGUUAUCUCUCUGGAGGGGAUGGCACAGGCUGAUGCUACAUAUAUAGACUUUCCGUCUUCCCUUAGGCUGUGUACAGUAUCCAGAAGGUUCUAUGAGUCUCUUAAGCAUCGCAUGUUGAAGCAUAUGUUUUAACCAUAAGCUAAAGAGCUGUGGUAAGGACAACGUGAAAUAUUACCACUAGCUCAUUCUCACUUGGAUAAAAUAGGUAUUGUUUUAUUCCUGUGAAAGCAUGGCAGCUGUUUGUUGUUUUUUUAUUACUGAAACACUGAAUUUGAAUCACUAAAUGAAAUGUAUUGUAAAAACAUUAUAGGCCUAUCCCAUAUCUACACUAGGUAAAAUCAUAAGGUUAUUUUCUAUAUUUAAAUGACAAAAUGGUCACACUUAUUUCUUUAUAAUGUGUCUUGUCCUAUGUAGCCAUGUCCUAAACCGCAAAUCUCUGCAUUAGGUAGGUCAUGCAGAGAAGUGGUGACAUGUUACAUCUGUGUUACAAUGGUGUUACCUCUCAGUAAACAGUCAGCUUUAGUUUGCAAUGCCUAGCGGGUCAUGGGUUCAGGGCUGUUCGAUUUAGAUCGCAUAUGCUCCCAAAAUUGUAUCUGUGCGACCUCUAAAUAUAUUUGGGAGCAUUUGUGCGAGUGCCAAUAAUCGUUAUUGUGCGACCCAAGGGGCGUCGUUAGGCCUAUUUUAGGAGGGCUGAAGCAUGCAGUUGAAAAUAUAUUUUUUAUUUUGGAUGUCAUCAAACUAAACUAUUGUUUCUCAGUAACAGUAACGGACAAGAUAUUUACAACUCUAACAUGCUACAUAUGUGCAUGUUUCCUCCCCCUUCAAAUUACGAUCCAAUAGCCUAUAAUCAUACCUAACGAUAUAAACCCCGGGCACUAGGAUCUUGGGGAGGCAGCUGCGCUGGCUCGCUUAUUGGCCUACUCCACAGUACGUGCCUGCUGGGAGCUGAUACAGUGAACGGUCCACCCUUCUAUCCAAGGUUACAUAACCAAUUAAACGUAAUCUUUACUUUAUAAACUUUAAUGCAGAUUUUAGAUUGAAGGCUAAUAUUUACCAAUCACUCCUUAUCACUGCGCUCCGUUGUCACGUUGCGUGUCAGUACGCAAAAUAAAAGUUAAACAAUAUUUUAUUUUAAUGUUUAACUUUGACUUUUUUGUGGUGCUCCUUAAUUUUCAGUGGGUGCGCCCCAAAUCCCAGUGCCACCAAGUAAAAAAGUGUUUUUCGAGCCCUGAAUGGGUUGUAAAAAUGUACAUGCCCAAAGCCUCCAUUACAUUAAUGUUUGUUUCCCUGUCUGUUGAGUUGUCUCGUUGAAUUUAAAAAGUAUUUUAGCCACAAUGUUUGUAAAUAAAACUGUAAAUGUUUAUAUUAUUUCUGUAAAAUUCUGUAGAAGCUGAAUUAACCAAAAUGAUCAAAUGUUGAGGUUGUCUCACACUGUCGACAUCUUUACAUGUAUCAGUUUUACAGCCUGAAAUGGUCUAGGUGCAUUAUUGUAUUAAGUUCAUUAAUAAAAUGCUAAAUGACUAAAUAUAAUAAAUAAGCUCAUUAGAAUCAGGCCAAAAAUAAGUAAGAGGUUUCUUAUUUGAGUGACCUAUAUGUUGGCUUGCUGAGGUAGAGUCCUGAUAAGAGCAGAUACAAUCCCUGGAUCAGUCGGCCAGCAUCGGUAGAGCAACAAAGUAACUACAUUUCAAAAAUUGCAUAUGCACUUAUGUUAAUGGUCAUCAUUAAAAAAAGAUAUAUAUACCAAAUGUCUCUUGAGAAUACAAUGUUGUGUUUUGCUUUCUGGCUCAUAUUUAUUAUUUCAAGUCCAAGCCGGUAAAUGAUAUCUUAAUCACAAUGUCACAACAUUACUGUGAUGAUAACCUCCAUUUUAAAGUGUAUAAAACGUUGGGAUCACAAUUGUUUGAUCAUAUCUCAUUCCCUUUUUCCUCGUUUUAUCUGAUUAAAUUGAUUAUGUUUUACCAGUA